GAUGUGCUAGUUUGCUCACUCACUCACUCUCUCUCUCUCCUCUCUCUCUCUCUCUCUCUCACACUCACUUUUCGCCUUUCUUUUUUUCUUGGAACUUCAUCUGGCUUGCCCCUGCCUUUUAACAGCUUUAGCCAUUCCUUGAUAUCUUAUUAUCUAGCCUCAAAACAAACAAUGAACGGCAGCCCAAUUCCAUCUGCUACGAGCGCAUCGCCAAACCAUAACGGUUCAUCCUUGAUGAACAUUGACGGCAAAAGAAUCUUGUGCACCGCCGAUGUUCGAGGCAAUAUCUCUCAACUAAACGUACUUGCGCGUGAAGCAAACGCGGACUACAUUAUCCACACUGGCGACUUUGGAUUUUACGACCGAUCCAGUCUCGACCGUAUCAGUGACAGAACAUUAAAGCAUUUGGUGCAGUACAGCACAUUGAUUCCUCCAACCGUGCGCAAGCGACUGAAUGGUUCGCCGAUCGAACAGGUGCGGCCGACCAUCGAACAAUCGCCACAGCCCUUCUUGUCCGAGUUUCCCGAAUUCUUGGGCGGCAAAAAGACAUUGGAAGUGCCUGUUUAUGCAGUAUGGGGUGCUUGUGAAGACGUCGCUGUGCUAGAGCGUUUCCGAUCAGGCGAAUACAGGAUUCCCAACCUUUAUAUCCUUGAUGAAGCAACAACAUACCUUUUGGAAGUGGGUGGCAUCAGCUUGCGCUUGUUUGGUCUGGGAGGUGCUGUGGUGCAGCAUAAACUUUUCGAUAAUGGCGAAGGAUCGGAUACCAUUGCUGGAGGAUCCGGAACCAUGUGGACAACAGCAUUACAGAUCGGUGAAUUGGUGGAGACAGCAAAUGAGGUGUAUGAUCAAACCGAGAUCAGAGUAUUAGUUACCCAUGCCAGUCCGGGCCGCGAAGGAUUACUGGCACAACUCGCGCUUGUUUUGCGGGCCGAUUUCACCAUAUCAGCCGGAUUGCAUUUUCGCUACGGCAUUUCGUAUAACGAGUUUGCGUGCCAACCGGAUCAGGAACAUUAUCGCGAACGAUUGUAUCAGUCCCAGCAAGGCUUUAUGCAGCUAUGGGACGCUAUCAAGGCACAAGUGGAAAACCAUGUAGAUGUUCGUCAAGCUGCUCUUUUGAAGAACGCACUUACUGUUGUCAAUCGUUUGCCACCAUCGCGAAAUGCAGGCCAACCGGAUAUGCCUGUAUCAUACACAGCAUCAUCGCUGGCGAACGACGAACAAGCGUUCAAAAACAUGUGGAACUUUAAUUUACCCGACGCAGCAUUUGGCUGGCUUGUUCUGGAUGUCAGCCAAGGCCGUGUCAGUGCGGAAACCCGAUCCCAAGGGUUUAACUUUUCGUACAGAAAAGGCAACGCACAGCAAGUACAGGCUGGCCAGACAUCGUCACCUGCCAUGUCAACGACAGGUGUCGUGCCACCAUCCGCUAACCCCAUGACGUAUACCGAAAAGCCUAAUCAAUAUCGGCCCAAUGAUUGGCAACAACAGCAGCAGCAGCAGCAGCCGAUGGACGCUAAUACCAACAGUGAUGGAGAUUGGAAAGACAAUGGAAGCUCAAAGGAUGAAAAAUUCAACAGCGGCAACAACAGUGUAAGAAACUCCAAACGAAUGAGCAUGCAACGAAGCCCAUACGCUAUCUAUGUGGGUGGCUUGACAAACAACAAUGUAAACGAAGAUGAUAUCAGGGAAUUCUUUGGCGCUGACAAGAUCACAGGCGUAAGGUUCCCGCUUGACCAGAUGACACAACAGCCAAAAUCACACUGCUAUGUGGACUUGGUUGAUCCCAUAGCCUUAGAAGGGGCACUUCAGAAGAGCGGUGACAUUCUUAAAGGCAACAAGCUUAUCGUAAACAGACCCAAUGCCCCGGACGGACGAAACCGCGGUGGGCGGAACGGAAGAGGCCGUAGCUACCGUGGCGGCCGAGGCAAUCGAGACUCGAUCCAACCUGGCGACAUCUAGUCCUCAAACCAACAAGCUUUAUCUUCUUCUUCUUCUUCCGUACUAUCAUCAACAUCCUCUCAUGUGUAAAUGUCUUUUCCUCACCGAUAUUCUACUUGUGCUGUGUGCCGUCUUCUUCACCCAGCUGUCUCUUUUAUUCCACGCACCCCCUCUUUUCCCUCUUACUCCCCGCAAAAACAAAGUUGAUAACCCAAAAAAAAAAAAGAGAGAAUCCCAAGGCUUUAACUAUUUAAGGGACCUGAAACAAAUGCUGUUAAUUUGUUUUUUUUUUGCCUCCUUCCUCAAAUGUGUGUAUGC